UUUCCGUCAUUCCAAACAUUAUAUUUUUUGACGACGAAAAUCCCUUGAACUGCGUGUGCACAUUCCCUAAUUUAUAGAAAUAGAAACGAAUAAGAUAUUUAUAUAACAAAUUAUUCAAUUAUUCAAUUAUUCAUACUUUUUACAUUGUUUUUAUUGGUUUUCAUCUUUUCUGUGAAAGCACAAUACUUCGUAUAAAUUUGUACAUCAACCAGUUUUACAAAAUAUUGUUAUUUCGUAAUAUAACAAGCACAGUAGACGUCAGUGUAUGACAGUUGAUGACAGUGUAUAACACGUGUUGGACAUAAACAGAUCUACGCAACAUAACCUAUAACGACAAUAUUAAAUGUCAAUGUAGUUUAAAAUUAACUUUAUAAUAUGUAUGUAUGUUUUUAAAAUCAGACAACAAUAUCAUACCGCAAUUGUAUUUGUUUGUAAACAGUAACUGUUUGUUGUAAAGUGAAUAUAAUUUGAACUAUGAGUACAGAUACAAAAUUAUGUCAAGGGAAAGAUGUUUUUGAAAGGAUGAAUUAUUUGUAUCAGGCAGGUCAUCUAAUGGCACUAAAAAAUAGAGUGGCAGCAUCAUACUAUGGUAAUACAAUGAUAGGAUGUGCAAAGAAAUCUGUUUUACGAAUAGAAUCUGAUAUUAAAAGAACAAUUUGUAAAUGCUGCCAAUGUCCGCUUAUACCUGGUGAAACAGCUAGAGUACGAUUAAUGUCAAAACCAAUAAAAGGAGUAAAAUGGACAUGCAUGACAUGCCUAAGUGUUAAAAAAUAUCCUACAAAAAAAGGCUAUAAAUUAUGGACUGAGCAGCAUGACUCUGUGCUACAAACUUUUAAUUAUGGUCCAAAAACAAAAGAUUCUAAACAGAAGACAACCAUGUAGCGAAAGGUGAAUGCAUAAGUACUGGAGAAGAAUCAAUAUACACAGACUUGAAUAUUUAUUUUCAUCUGAUGUAAGAUGUGAUGAAUGUCGACAUACGAAUAUUUUUUUUUUAUCAGUGACUUACAUAAAAUAUGUUACAAUAAAUUUAUAAUCAAUAAACAGAUAUUUUACGAA